ACAAAGAUUUAUGCCAACUCACGUUUGUUUUGUUCUUCUUUUGUUUUCAUUUCAGCGCCUUCGAAUUUUAAGAGCCUUUUGUUGCGUGCCGAGGUGUUGCGAAAAAUGAAUCAUUACCAGAGCUCAUUGGCCGAUGUGGAUAAUGCUUUGAAAUCACGUUAUACAUCUGCCAAGGCUCACUAUUUACGUUCCUUGGCUUUGAGCGAUUUGGGUCGCUACGAAGAAGCUCUUUAUGAAAUAUGUUUAGCCAUUAAUUUGGAUAAAUCUUCAAAUCUCAGCAGUACUGAAUUAUUUCAGCAUGAUCUCACGAAGAUACUCCAAAAACUUCUCUCUCAAACGCCGAAAUGCGUUAAAUUGGAUAUGGUAAGUUCUUCGCUACGUUCCAAGUGCCCCGGCUAUGAUUUUCCAGCCCGGGAGCAUCGAAUCAAACGAAGAAAUAUCAACGCACAAGAUGAGGAAACGCUGCAGGCAGCAAUCUGCGAAGAGGAUGAUUUCCUAUCGGCCAACUAUGGCAAAGAAUGUGAUAUACUAAUGACGGAAGAUGAUGUCCUGUCGUGUCGGGAUUUUCUCAACUGUGCCGAUAAACGUUAUACCUAUGCUAGCAUAGCGCGUAAAUAUGAAAUGGAGCUAAAGCGACAGACGUCACGAAAACAUUUUCGCCGGAAAUGGACACCAAAGGAAACAGAACUUUUGCCAAUUGUCGAUGUGGAGAGUGCACGUUGCAGUGAACAAUUCCGCAAUGUUUUGGAGCGUUUGCAACAGGAGUUUGUGAGACUGAAAAAAAUAGAAUCCUCGCCAGAAUAUGCCAUGAAACAAUUGAUAUCUGUUGCACCCACUCUCAUUGAUGCCAGUGACUUUGAUUGCGUCUUGUGUUGCCGCACUUUCUGGAAACCGGUGGUGACACCCUGUGGCCACACCUACUGUUUGGUGUGUCUGGAUCGCUGCAUGGAUUAUACCUCUUCUUGCCCGCUGUGCAUGUCACCGUUGGUAGAGCCAAGUGUAAAUAUGGUACAGGGUGCCUCAUCGCCUGUGCCCUUGAUAUUGACCAAAAGACCGGUAACCAAGUUUCUUGAGGCCGCCAUGAAACGUUUCAUUCCAGAUAGCUACCAAAAACGUUUUCGCCAAGAAAUGAUAAUGGAACCGUCGGUUCCAAUAUUCAUUUGUACCACAGCAUUCCCAUCGGUCCCCUGUCCAUUGUUCGUCUAUGAGCCACGCUAUCGUCUGAUGGUACGACGAGCCGUCGAAUCGGGUGACAAACAAUUCGGCAUUGUUCAACAGCAUAGUGGUAAGGCCCGUUAUCACGAUUAUGGUUGCAUGCUAGAUAUACGAGAUUGUGUUCUACUGGGCGAUGGCUGUUCGAUUCUCAGCACAAUGGGUUGUAAACGAUUUAAGAUUUUGGCACGCAACGAAAAAGAUGGCUAUGAAACAGCUAAAGUCGAGUACAUACAUGAUGAGGCCAUACCCGAUGAACAUUUGUCCUAUGUAAAAAGUAUGCAUAAUAUUGUGCUGAACAAAGCCAUAGCAUGGUAUGAGAGCCUGGGACAAGAUCUUAAGCAUGAAAUAUUACAGAGCUAUGGUGAAAUGCCAGUGGUUGAGGAGGAUUGGUCGAGUCGAGAAGAUGGGCCGGCUUGGGCGUGGUGGGUAAUUGCAUUGUUGCCCUUGAGACCACAACUUAAGGUUGAUAUUUUAGCCACGACAUCGCUGGAGAAACGUCUACGUGCCAUAGAGAAGACAAUACAUUCAAUGCCCGGCAAUUAUCAUUAUCAGAGAGUAUCGCCAAACGGCAAUGUGGCUGUUGUCGUUCACAGUCAACAACACAGUCAUACCAAUUUAAAUAGUCCACGUCAUGAGAAUGACGACGAGGAGGAUGAUGAUCUUGAUAUGAGUAACGAGCAUGUGAUCUUGGAUGAUGAAAAUGACAAUGGAGAUGAGGAAAUGGAAGAGGAGGAGGAUUUGGAUGUGGAUGUUGAAGGAACAACAAUAGAACAUCAUAUACAAAAUCUGGAUGAUAAUGAUGAAAAUAUCAAUAAUGAUGAUAUCGAUGGUGAACUGAUACAAAAUCAUCAUCAUCAUCACCAUGAUCAGCAAGAGCAUAUGAGCCCAAAUUCCAUGCAACAAUAUUCUCAGCGGCAUCAUCGACAAAGGCACCAUAAUCAUCAUCAUCAUCACCACCGUCAUCAUCAUCAUCAGCUACAUCAAAAUCCAUUGCAGCCCCAGGAACACUUUGAAAAUGUCGACAAUGUCGAUGAAUGCUGUCAACGCACAACAACAAGUUUGGUACAACAUGUCUUAAGCAAUGAUCAGUCACAGGACAACCAUCAUCUUCAUCACACCAAUGCAAAUGCUGAACAACUUAAUAAUCAUCACCACUCGUAUGAGAAUCAUCGUCGUCAAUUGAAUAGAAAAAAAUGAUAUGUAAAUGUAUGGAAAUCACGGUGGAGAAACUUGAUUUCCUCCACACCUUGCAAUGUUCCAUUGACUUUAUUAUAAAACCAGGGAACAUUUAUGAUAUAACUAGGAUUUAAGAAUAUUUUCGAACCCAACCUCAUUACAUUUAAUACAGGACAUAAGAAUAUAUGUAUGUGUAUGUAAAAGUGUACUGAUACCGUACACAAUCUAUGUUUUUAUCUAUCUCUCUUUGUAGAGUAGGGUAUUCAGAAUACCAAACUAUUUGUUAAAUGUCUGAUAUAUCUAAAACAAAUAUCUAAGUAUAUAGAUGUGUAUGUAUGAAAGUGUAUGUCUUUAUCUAGAUUAUUUAGAUUUCGAUGUAUAUUUGUAUAUUUGGAUAUUGUGAUACCUACAAGAGCAACAUAAGCAAAUCCUUUCUUAUAAGUAAAUAUAUUUAAGGUAAAUAUACAUAUAUUAAAAAAAAAAAUCCAAACUUAUUGGCAAUCCGAAACUAUUUUUUUUAUAUUUUCCAAUUUUUCCAUAUGUAAAAAGUAAAUAACAAAAAGAAAGAACAUGCUAAUUAAUAAUAUUGUAAACAAUAACAAGGUUAUUUUUUUAAGUAGAUGCCUGACAAUGGAGCAUAUUAAUUAAAAACGAUUUACUGUUUAGAUUGAGAUGAGUUAAGACUGAAAUUGUUGGCAAAAAUAUCUAAAUUUUAUUUUAAGUGAAAUUUGCUCCACACAUUUUUUUUUAUUAAAGAAAACUCCAUUUUAUGUUUUUGAUAUAAGUUUUUUAUUUAACAAACAAAUAUAAUGACUAUUAAAAUUAAAACAAACAAAUUCAAUUAAUUAAAUUUUUUAUUAUGAAUUUUCAUUUUAAUAUUUUUUUUUUGCGGACAAUAAUUUUAUGCAAUUAGUCUUCAGAUAACUUAUUAUAUUGAAGAAUUUCAAAUAUGAAUUUCAAAAUACAAUUAAGUAAAGGUGGGGAUGCAUAAACAGCUUAACAUCGUAGCAUAGCAUAUUAAUGACGGUCAUGCAGUGAUGCGAAGCCAAAUACCUAAAUUGAAAUUCACAAACGAAUUAAAUUAAUUACUUCAUUAAAUUCUCCUUUUAUUUAUGAUUUUUGAGUUUUUAUGGAUAAUAAAAGCGGUCAUAAGGCUUCCCCAAUUGCCUACAAAAUUCUCAUCUUCCCUACUAUAAUAAAAAUAUUAAAUAUUAAAAAUACGGAAGGUGCAUAUCUUGAAGGGAACCAUAAAAAACUUAAAAGCCAUUUUCAAGCAAAAAAAAAAAAAAAAAAAAAAAACAUUAUGUUUCACCGGGCCGAACUUUAAAUACUCUCCAUUUGGAAUAAAUUUGGAAAUUUUCAAAUAAUAAAAAAAUCUGUUAAAAUCCUAAAAAUUCCGAAUAUAGCCAUUAUAUUGCGGUCUUUACAAAGACGUGGGGCAAUAUAGAAUAUAGAAAGAUAUCGUUAUAUCAGGGCUAAAAUCAUCAAAAUACCGAAUAUAGGGAGGUACUGAUGUGUGGAGCCUAUACGAAGACCUUUACCUGCAUAGAACAUUUUCUGUCACA